UUGAUAAGAUAUCAACACAAUCUACGUUACACACAAUUAAUAUUAUGAUAGUGAAAUGCCGGCAAUUUUAUUUCUACUGUGAUGGACGAUGUAGAAGUUCCAAUUUUUUACGACGAUGAAGCUGAUUUUAUAGGACAUGAAUAUUUACAAGAUGUGGAAUAUGAGUAUGAGUAUGAAAAUAUGGAAAGAGAAACAUUAUUUGAAUUAUAUCAAUAUUGUCUUCGACCUACUAUUUAUGAUACAAUAUCAUAUAUAUUACCACUAUUUAUCUCUACCAUAAUAUUUAGAUUAUGUGCAUAUUCUCAGCGUAUAUCACAUAGAACUUUUCAUGUAUUGUCAAUGUUGAUUGGUAUAUGUAAUAUUUAUUUUUAUGUAAUAGAAUGUUUAUAUACAUUGUUAAUACUUUGUAUAAUUUCAUAUAUCACUUUAUAUAUACCUAAAAAAUAUUGCAGAUAUAUGGGUAUAUUUUUACCAUCACUUUUUAUUAUAACAUAUUGUGAAUUUACUAUGCCACCUAUAAUAUGGCAUAAAAUACGAAGUGUAGUAAUGACUAUGGCAAUGAAAACAAUUAGUAUAGCAAUAGAGAAAAUUGAUACAAAUAAUUCACCUAAUAUUUAUGCAUACAUGGGAUACAUGUUUUGUAGUGUUACAUGUCUCUUUGGACCAUGGAUAUCAUUUAAGGAUUAUAUAUCAAUACGUUACAUAACUAAUCAGGAUAAAUGGUGGAUAUUGUAUACCAUUCAGUAUGCGUUUGUGUCUUUUCUCUUUUUGACUGUAUCAAAUUGUUGGGCACAAUGGAUGAUUAUGGAAACUUCUUGGAAAUGGUUAUUAGCUUAUAGAGAUGCAUUAGCUUUUAGAAUGUCUCAUUAUUUUAUUUCAUAUAUUGCAUCUACUUUAUUAUUAUUAGGAGGAUUUCCAUUUACAUUAAGUACUAUAGUAAAACCAUUAAAAAUAGAAUUUCCACGUUCACUUGUACAUGUUGUGAUUUGUUGGAAUAUACCAAUGCAUUUUUGGUUAAAAACAUAUAUAUUCCGUCCCAGCAUAAAAUAUUUAGGAAAAUUUGGAGCUGUAACAAUAACAUAUUUAACGAGUGCUCUUUUACAUGGAUUAAAUUUUCAGUUAGCAGCAGUUUUGCUCAGUCUUGGAUUUUAUACAUAUGUAGAAUUUCAACUUAGAUUUAUGCUUGCUAAUAUUUUUGAUGCAUGUAUUGCAUCAAAACAGUGUACUACAAAUAAAUGUACACAUACAUAUAAUACUCAUAAUUCAUGGUCUUAUGUUUGAUACAUCUGAAUUGCAAGAAACAGGAUAUAGUUAUAUUCAUACUAUUGAAAAAUGGUCUCAACUUGGAUUCGCUAGUCAUUGGGUAGUGUUUGCUACAUAUUGCAUAUAUUUUUUAAUCAGAUAGUAUUAAAUGUAUAAAUAAGUUACUUAUUUUUUAAUAUUGCAAACAUAGACGUAAUAUAAUAUACGUAAUAUUUAUGCUAUAUCAAUAAUUAAACAAAAAUUUUACUGUCUUAAUCUUACUCUACAUAAUUUACAAUAUUUAAUAUGAAUUAUAAAUUGAGAAAAAAAACAUUUAAUAUAUUCUUGUAUAAAGUAAAAGUAAAAAUAAAAUUUGAAUGUAUCGAUUAAAUAUAAUUCUAAAAGUCUUAAAAUAAA